AUGGGCAGCCCUCACCUCGACUCUCCGCCCCUCACCCCGCCCGCCUACGCCUUGGCAGCCUUCCCCGUUGCCUUCGCGUCUCGCAAGCCGAGGUCCUACUGGUACCGCACCACGUUCCUCGCCCUCUUUGUCCUCGUCAUCCUCUCCGUCUAUGUCCUCCUUGUCGCCCAGCCCUCCCUCACGCCCAUCCCCGUGUUCGACGCUGAGGGCCGCAAGGGCUCACGCUUAUCGCCCGACGCCUUCCGCCUCGCGACGCUGCGGCAUAGCUAUAGUAAUAGUAUGAAGAGUAGUCCUGCCGGAGACGCCAAGGCGGGACGGCCACAGCUCACAUUAAAUCAGACGGAGGAGCUCGCUGCCGUGUCAGGCUUUCUCGCCAGCCUCCCACAGAACGUGAUCCCCUCGUCAGUCGACCCCUCGCAGCCAAUAGACCCUCAGCUGGUGCUGGACUUUGACACGCGGAGCGAAAACGCCGGGGAGGAGGUGCAACGGGUCGUGAAUGAGGUGUGGGCGCGGAAUCCGGUAAUGCUAUACUCUAAGUUCUACUCCCCAAUAUCACGAGAAAUCAAACAGAUGCUGUCGGAUCUAUACUUGCGCCCAGCCCCCACGAUCAUCGAAGUUGACCAACGAAGUGACGAAUCAGUGCUCGCUCCCCUCCUCUUCCGACUCACAUCACGCAACGAACUACCCAUUCUGAUUAUCGGCGGCCGUCCACUCGGCGGAACCAUCGAGGAGCUCCGCUAUUUGCGGAAGAAGGGCGAAUUCCAGCGCAUGAUCACCGCCGCAGGCGGAGAGGUCUACGGCUCGCGCAAGAAGCCGAAGAAAUUGUAA